AUGACUGCUGAAUUAUUGCCGAAUCAAGAAUUGUCCCGACUGCUUUCUUCGUAUCAAAAAUUCGUAGAUAAAACAAGACAAGGUGAUCAUGGCAAAACUGCUCAGUUCUAUAUGAUUUAUAUCCAACUAGUUCAUUACUACAUCAUUUUAUCAAGGAGUAUACGCAUGGGUGAUUUUGAAGUAUUCAAACAUAUUAUUCCAAAAAUCACAAAUUUAUUUUUUAUAGUUAAUCAACCAAACUACGCUCGAUGGUGUGUUAAAUACUACGAUAAUUUGAAAAAUGUUGACAAAACACAUCCAGGACUUGAAGAGGACUUUAAAUCUGGAUGUUUUGGAAUUAAAAGAACAGACAAACCGUUUUCACGCAUACCAGUAGAUCUUACGCUAGAACAGACUAUAAAUGCAGAUGCAGCUAAACGGCUGAGUGGUAUUGCACAUUUUACAAAUUCGAUAGCUGCACGUCAACGCUGGACAAAAAGCCACAGUAUAAGGGCUGCUUUGAUUUCUCAUGUUAUCGAUGUUUGUGGAUUAAGACACAUACAAGACGUUACAACAGAUUUACAACCUAAUCGGAUUAAAAUUAGUGAAAAACAACUUGCCGCUUUUAUUGACAUUUUUGAAAAGAAUUGUAAUCCGUUCGAUCCAGACUUAAACAACGAUAAUCUAUACAAUAUAGCUACUGGGAAGCCAGUCUCCGAAAAUAUUGCUGACUUUCUACUGAAUAUCGAAGAAAAUGGUGAUGAGUUAAGAAAGCAGUUGAUUACUGAAUGUGCUGAAGAUGGAUCUAGAUUUGACAAACCUAUAAAAAAAAAAAAAAAUUCUUAACUUCGCUGAGGCUCCAAAGAAAAAAAAAUUAAUCCUUGGGAACAAAGUUGUCGAGCUGAGGAUGCAAAGGGAUUUAUUUGGGAGAAUGUUGGGAAUAUCUUUAACUCAUAAAGUUGAUAUUGAAAAAGUAUUAACAUUUCCACUGACACCAAUACCAACAUCGAUGUGCCACGCAGAUGGUAGUAUUUGCAAAACUGAUAAAUCUCAAUUAGUUAAAUUGAUUGAGAAAAAAAUCGGUGAUGACGUCGAUAAGCCACCUUCGUGUUUUAAUGUAGCUAUUUUAGAUGGUUUCUUCAUGUUACACCUAAUGAAAGAAGUACCUGUAACCUUCGAUGCUUUAUCUAAAAAAUUCCUCAGUAUGAUACUACGAUUUAAAUCCAAUCGUGUCGAUAUUGUCUUCGAUCAAUAUUUUACACCAUCAAUCAAAGAUUUUAAGCGUUCACGGCGAGAUGAAUUGAUCAGCGAAGUUACAAUCGGGCCCAAUCAAAUUCGUCCACAAAAUUUUGUAGCUGAGCUAAAGAAUAUAUAUUUUAAAGAAGCUCUUGUUAAUUUUUUAUUGACCAUUGGGCUGGUGAUGAAAUGGCUCCGAUCAUUGGGAAUAAAAUAAUUUAUGUGAACUUCAACAAGUGCUAUUCAUAUCGGGUUGAAAAUAAUAAAGUUAUUAAAAGUGUUGAAGACUCUUUGUCUUGCGAAGAACAUGAAGAAGCCGAUUCUCGAAUAAUAUAUCACAUUUGCCAAAUAGAUGUCGAUGCUGAAGUUGUAGUACGCUGCUCAGAUACAGAUAUUUUAAUAAUACUUCUUGGUAACAUGGAUAAUUUGAAUGCAUCAUUAAAACUCUGGAUGAAUUUGGGUGUUGGAAAUCACGAAAGAAUUUUAAACGUCAACGAAAUAUAUAAAAUUCUAGGAAAUUCUUUAUCAAAAGCUCUACCGUGUUUUCAUGCACUCACAGGAUGUGAUUACACCCCAGCUUUUUUCCGGAAAGGUAAACUACGACCAUUUAAACUAUUAGAACAAUCAGAACAGUAUCAGUUAGCCUGUCAAAAUAUUACAACAGAUGAUGAAGAUUUGAUGGAUGAGACAUUUAGGAUCUUAGAAAAGUUUAUUUGUCAUAUUUACGGAGUUCGAGAUUCUUGGAACGUUAAUGAAGUUCGGUUCCAUCUGUUUUCAAGUACUUAUCAGUCUAAAAAAUCAGAUGAUAAUUUUGAAAAAAAGUUCCGUAAUUUUGAUCCAUCAAGUCUACCACCAAGUAAAUCAGAGUUAUAUCAACACUUACUACGAGUUCGUUACGUCACGAAGUUUUGGAGAAAUGCUCAUUUAAAACACCCAACAUCUCUAUCACCUCAAGCUUCUGGCUGGACCAUUAAUAAUGAUAAAUAUGACUUUGUCUGGUUUGUUGGGGAGCAAUUACCAACAUUAGUUACCGACAUUAUUAUUAAAGGUAAAAAUUGAAAUUAAAAUACAAAUAAAUUUCUUGACCGAAAGAUAGUAAAAUUUUUGAUUCUAUUACAGAUAACAGCUUAUUACGAAAUGAUAAUAAUUCAAAGGACGAUGAUGACAAUGAUAAUGACAGCAGUGAUGAAGAUGAAGAUGAUGAUGAUGAUUAUCAAGAUGUCUCCGUUUUUUGUGAUACAAUUAUGGAUUAAAAAAUCUAACUUUCAUUCUUAUGUAGCCAUCCAAAUUUUGGUGCUUUUUCAAACUUAAAAUUGGUCAUUAUAUUAUUUUUGUACGAAAAUAAAGUAUUAUUUAUUUACGGUAUCCAUCUAUAAAUAAAUUCUAUAGUUUUAAUCCUUCUUUGCUCAUUUAUUAGACGAUUAAUUUUCUAAACCAAGCUAAAUGAUAAUAUAUCACUUUACACUUUAUAUCGGUCUGGCAAAAGGUUUAACAACCGAUUAAUUAUCUGGCAAAUUAAUUCUGAGCUUUUAGAUACUUAAAUAACAUGCUGUAAAAAUUUCAACUAUACUAAAAUAUUUUGAAAAAAAAUUUUUUUUUAAUUCAAAAUUGUCGUUUGGCACAGUUUAAACAACAACAAAAAUAUCUGGCAAUAAUAAACUUUUGUUGCGAAUAGUUUAAUAAAAAUAAUAAAAAAAAAAAAACUUCUUAAAAUGAUUUGAAAUCUUAAGAUUUUACCUGUACAGGUACGAUGCGCACUGAUGAACGCAACCACUACGGCCAGCCAGGUAGCCCGUAUGAUAUCCAGGGGAGUGACAGAGAUGGCAUAUCUAAAAACUGGCCUACCUGAAAUUCUUGCUCAAAAACGUUGCCAGCUCUUAGACUAUAAAAUUUGUCGAAAAAAUUACGUCAUUCGACAUUUUUGUCGAGUUCGACACCAUCUCUAAUGCCGAGAAUUGGCCCCCAGUCCGUUGUUAGGACAAUUUUCACAUUACAAAUAAAGAGUUGCCCACCGCUGAAAAGCUAAGAAAAAAAAAUUAAGGAAGAUAUUAAUUUUAAUGGAUCGGAACGCAGUCUGCGCAGAAUACUAAAUAGUUUAGGCUUCAGAUGGAAAAAAGCCGAAAACAAUAGGCGAAUUAAAAAAAAAAUCAAACAUCAGAUUGCUAUCGAAUUUCUUAAAACGCUGUUGAAAUAUAGAGAAGAAGGGAGAACCAUUAUUUACACAGAUGAGUCAUGUUAAUUCGUCUCAUUUAGAUGUAAACAUUAAAUUUUACUUUUAUUCGCAUAUUUGUGUGCUGUUAUCUUGUCUGGUUAUAAAUUAAUGAAAAAUAAUCCUUACAUCUCUUAUUACAGGUUCUAAAACAUGGUCAGAUGGAUCUUUGAAGGGUAUUAAAAAACCAAUUUCAAAAGGACAGCGGGUAGUCAUAGUGCAUGCUGGAUCGGAAGCUGGAUUUAUCCCCAAUACGUUACUUCUAUUUAAAGCUUGAGCUAAAUCGAGGGAUUAUCAUGACAACAUGAAUUUUGAAAACUAUACAAAGUGGCUUCGCACCCAGCUAAUACCAAACCUGCCGCCAAAUUCAGUGUUAAUUAUUGACAACGCAUCGUACCACAAUAAACAGUUCGAUUCAGCCCCUACUUCGAAUGCCAAGAAUGCCGACAUGCAAAGGUGGUUGUCAGAAAAGGGCAUAGCUUUUGAAGAAAGCAUGCUUAAACCCCAAUUGUACAAAUUGAUAAAAUUAAACAAAAAUAAAUACAAAAAAUUUAGCAUCGACCAAGUACUGGCAGAACACGAUCAUAGUGUUCUGCGAUUGCCGCCCUACCACUCGGACCUAAAUCCAAUAGAAAUUGCAUGGGCGGCAAUAAAAAGCCAAGUAGCUAGUAAAAAUAUAAAAUGGAAUGUGUCCCAUGUAAUGGACCUAAUUAAGAAGAAAGUGGCACUAAUGGGCGCCGAGGCAUGGGUCAAGUUGUGCCAAAAAGUAAAAAAAAAUAGAAGCGGAGUACGUCAAAAGUGACCAUAUCGUAGACACAGUCACUGAAGAGUUUAUUAUUUACGCCAGUGACGACAGCGAUGAGAGCGACUUGGACGAGAGUUUUGUCGAUGAUCAAGAGCCACGUCCUUCCGCUAGCUCCAGUAGAACUUAUUCUUGCCAAGUUAGGUGCCGGCUACUGUACCCUCGGGAAGCGAAGACGGUCAAGACUAUUCGAGUGCGGAAAGUGAUGAUGACACGGAAAAAAUCAGAGAAAACUUGGACUAAAUGACUGGAGAUAGUGACUCUGAAAAUGAAACUGAGCCUACUAGGUAAGCACCAUUAUCUUCCACUUACUAUAGCACGCCCUUCGUUGAAAACAACUCCUCCACCGAAACAAAUCCUCAAGCCAGCAUUUCCGAGCCAAGUACCGUAAAAUGGGGUGAAUAGGGAUCCAGGGGUGAAUAGGGAAAAUCUAGUAUCUAGAGAGAAAAUUAUUCGCGGGGCCAUUUCGCAGGUUACGUUGGGUCGGUAAAACAGUCCUAGUCGGUAAAUCAGUCCUAGUCGGUAAAUCAGUCCUAGUCGGUAAAACAGUCCUAGUCGGCAAAACAGUCCUAGUCGGUAAAACAGUCCUAGUCGGUAAAACAGUCCUAGUCGGUAAAACAGGCCUUAUAAUAUUUUGAAUCGAGUUGAGGGAGGGUGAUUUUGAAAUUUUGUUGUUGUAAAAAUAUAACUAACUCAUCGACUUAAAACUUUGAAUUACUUAAUUAUCGCUGAUUAGUGUCUGAA